CUGCCGUUGUGUCCCUGCAGGCUGUCACAGCUCUGGGCUUCAAGCAGCCGACUCCCAUCCAGAAAGCCUGCGUCCCCGUGGGCCUGUUGGGCCGAGAUCUGUGCGCCUGCGCUGCUACUGGGACAGGAAAGACGGCCGCCUUCAUGCUGCCCGUGUUGGAGCGUUUGGUUUAUAAGCCCAGGACGUCCCAGGUGACGCGGGUCCUGGUUCUGGUUCCCACCAGAGAGUUGGGGAUCCAGGUUCACUCUGUGGCCCGGCAGCUCGCCCAGUUCACCUCCAUAACCACCUGCCUCGCAGUCGGUGGGUUGGACCUGAAGUCUCAGGAGGUGGCGUUGAGGGCAGGGCCUGAUGUUCUCAUCGCAACACCUGGUCGGUUGAUCGACCACCUUCACAACACACCAAGCUUCGAGCUGACCCACAUUGAGAUCCUGAUCCUGGAUGAGGCCGACAGGAUGCUGGACGAGUACUUCGAGGAACAGAUGAAGGAGAUCAUCCGCCUGUGUUCCUACAACCGACAGACCAUGCUGUUCUCCGCCACCAUGACGGAGGAGGUGAAGGACCUGGCAGCGGUCUCGUUGAAGGAGCCGGUCAGGAUCUUCGUGAACAGUAACACUGACGUCGCUCCGUUUCUGAGACAAGAGUUCGUCCGAAUCCGACAGAACCGAGAGGGAGACAGAGAGGCGGUGGUAGCAGCGCUGCUGACUCGCACGUUCCAGGAUCACGUCAUGUGUUUCACCCAGACCAGAAAACAGGCUCACAGACUGCACAUCCUGCUGGGACUGAUGGGACUGAAGGUCGGAGAACUGCACGGAGAACUCAGCCAGAACCAGAGACUGGAGAACCUCAGGCGAUUUAAAGACAAUCAGAUAGAUGUCUUGGUGGCGACGGACGUAGCAGCCCGAGGUCUGGACAUCGACGGAGUGAAAACGGUGAUAAACUUCACCAUGCCGUCCACAGUGAAGCACUACGUCCACCGUGUGGGCCGGACGGCGAGAGCGGGUCGCUCAGGACGCUCGGUGUCUCUGGUCGGAGAGUCUGAGAGGAAGAUCCUGAAGGAGGUGGUGAAGUCGGCCAAAAGCAGCGUAAAGGCUCGAGUCCUGCCGCCAGAGGUGAUCCUGAAGUUCAGAGACCUGAUCUGUAAGCUGGAGAAGGACGUGGAUGCAGUGAUGAAGCUGGAGAGAGAGGAGAGAGAGCUGGCGGCAUCUGAGGCCAAGUUGAGCGUGGCUAAGAAGCGCCUCGAUGGCUCCGCCUCUUCCUCUCAGUCACAGCGGGUGUGGUUUCAAACACAGCAGGAGAGGAAGCAGAGUCGCA